UAUAUCUUUAUACGUUAGUUGUCAUUUAACUUGAAACAGUUUCGUAACGACGUUCGGCAACAACGUUUAUUCCAUAUAAAUUACGUAAAAGCAAAAUAUACGCCGAGUAGAAAUUUCAUUGACGGGAUCAUGAAACUUGUACGAACUGGAGAUCGGGGGCGAAUAUUGAUCAAGGGUUGUAUUGCGCGUGUGUGCGCGCACCCCUCACACCGAUAGGGCGUUGCGUGCGUGUGUUGUCCAUGUGCCAGCGAGCGAGCCGGGAUCCUCCUGUGCCGACUGAGUUUAUAAUAAACACUAAUGCUCUAUUUAAUGCUUGUAUAUAUCGUUAUCUAUUCAACUUCGAACUAAAUGUGACUUUCGCGAGAUGUGAAGUAAUUCGCCGCGACAGCACUCGUGAACUGGCCGCGAUGGCACCGUAAAAAUCAAUAAAUCUCCCAGUGGAACUCGUAUGUUGCAUUCUACUCAGUGACUUUAACACCAGUGUCACAAAUGAAUAUAUCGCGAGUGAAUGCGAAGUGUAUUUGCUUUACAGUGCGGCCGAAAGGUCUAUAAGGCGAGUUCCCGAUGUUCAAUCACAAGUUACCGACUGACUUUCCGAUGCAAACCCUCCGUAAGAAAACCAGCCCUUGCAAAUAGGGUGUGUUGUGGGCCUGGCGGUGGAGCGGUGGUGCGGCGGGGGGAGUAACUAACUAUAUUCGGUUUAUUCGGAAUAAUGCAGGUGUGUCAUUUCCAGCACCUCUUGCGGCAGUUCGACAAGAACGAGCCGGGUCGCUUCCUCGGCGAGGGUGUCUCGUUUCGCGCCAAACUUAUUGGCGUACUCGAGGUACCGGAGGCGCGAGGUGACAGGAUGUGUCAGGAAGCGCUUGCAGAUUUAAAGAUGGCUAUUAGAGCGGCAGGGGAGCAUAAACAGAGGAUACAGGUCCAUGUUGCCAUCGAUGGACUGCGCCUGCGCGAUGAUAAGACCGGUGACUCUUUGUAUCAUCAUCCUGUCCACAAGAUAUCCUUCAUCGCGCAGGACAUGACGGACUCUCGUGCGUUCGGCUACAUAUUUGGAUCUCCCGACACCGGUCAUCGCUUCUUUGGUAUCAAGACUGAUAAAGCAGCUAGUCAAGUAGUUAUAGCAAUGAGGGACUUAUUUCAAGUAGUAUUUGAACUUAAGAAAAAAGAAGUAGAAAUGGCAAAGCAGCAACUUGAAGGAAAAAAUGUUACCAGUAGUCUCAUACGGCAUACCACCAGUACAGUUACAGAUACAAAAACUAAGAUUAUACCAAUGACUGGGGAGCCUAGUUCUUCUAUAACCAAACCCGAAGGUGCUGGAGAAGGGGGAGUCGCAGAGUUGGUAGACUUGGAACAAGAGCUGUGCUCGCUGAGAAGAGGUCUCACGCAGGUCGAGGGCCUGACUCCUUCGACUGAUCCUUUCGGGGACUCCUUUAUUAUCCCUGCUCAGAAGGGGUUGUUGCCCCCUCCCCCCGGCGCGCCCCGCGGCCGCGUCCCUCCGCGCUCGCUGAGCCCCGGGAAGCCGGUUUCCUUCGACCUUUCGUCGGUUGCGGGCGACUUCGAACCCAAGCCCGCCACGCUCGUGGACGAGCCGGACCCGCCGGUGCACUCGCAGGCCGCGGCCGCCUCCGCCUCCGCCUACGACGUGUUCACGGAGCUAGACCCGCUCGGCACCGGCCGGAGUAAACCUUACGUUGACAAAAAACUCUUCUUUCAGGAGCUCAAAAACCCACCAAAGAAAGUGCUCAAAGACCUCGUACCGCCGACGCAUUCCCUCCUAUCCGAUAUCUUGCCGGGCCCGAGCGAGACGCGGGCGGAGGCCUACGGGCCGCCCACGGCCCUGAGCUCCCUGUCCCGGCAUUCUGGCGGCACGGUCGCGAUCGCUAAGCCGCCCCGGCCGACAUUCUCGUCCGACUUUUUUGCGUCCGAUCCGUUCGCGGAGACCGACCCCUUCGACAACACCGACCCCUUCUCCGACACCUUCAGGGACGACCCCUUCACGAGCCUGCAGGAUUUCCCGAAACUCUCCUCGCUGAGGACGGAGGAGCCGAAGAGCGACCUCAGUAAGGAAUUGAUACAGGAUAAGCUGGAGCCGGAAACGGCCCGGAACGUGUUCAAUGGGCCGCUGCAGGUGUCGCUGCCGCCGGAGCCGGCGCCCAAGUCGCCGCGACUGCCGCGACAGAACACGAACACGAGUACUAUCAGACAGCGACCGCACGCCAGCUCCAAGCUGAACUCCGAGAGCGCGUCGCCCCCUCCUCCUCUACCCCCUAAGAAGAUUGCCGAACUCAGCCUCAUCCCGCCGCCGCGACCACCACACGACCAUGAAGAUAUGGAAGAGUCGGAAACGCCACCGUUGCCUAAGCCUGCCAGGAAGAAGGAGCCGUUGGCCGACCGCAGCAUGAAGCCGCGUCAGUCGUCGCUGGCCACGAACAGCAGCGAGGACGAGUACCUGACGCCGGCGCCGCCCCCCCUCCCCGCCGCCAAGCGUUUCGACAUCACGCUCAGCCAACUACUCACACUCACUAUGGACGAUUUAGCUGCCAGACUCCGCGUACCAGCUGCCACGUUAUCCUCAAUGACUCUACCUCAACUCACAGACUACCUCAGAUCAUAUGUGGCGACAGAAAACGAGAAAGCGCACGUUCAUAUGGACCCAGCCAUCCGACCAGAAAAGGAAAGAAUAACUCCAAUGAUUCCUGAAAUAUCUGCACCAUCUAGAGUACCAGAAAAACCUGCCGCUAAAGCACCUGUAACUACAGAAUUCAAACCCCAGUUUGAAGAUAAUUUCGCUCCGACGGAAACCUCAGAUGGUUUUGUAGCCAAUUUCGAUGAUUUUGACCAAAAAGCAAAUCCCACUUACGACAAAUAUGCAGCAUUUAGAGAAAUACAAGAACAAGAAUUGAAAGCAAAGUCAAUAUUAGAUCCUAUCGCAUCAGAAGUAAAACAAGAGGACGACAAAGAGUUAACAUCAAUAGCCGACUUAAUAAAAACUGAAGAACAUAAAGUCGAGGAGAGGAAAGAACUAGACAAGAGUCCAUUAAAGAGCUUAGACGAGCUCACGAUAGAUUCGUUCAACAUGUUUCGUAAUUCUGUAAGUCCGAAACCCAUCGAUGCAAAAAUCGAAGACAUAAAGACGGUUAUGAAAAAUUUGCAAAUAGAAAAGGCUAGGCGUAGUGUCUCGCCGCGCGACAACGGUGUAACAGAGACGAAAUCCGACGACAACAACGACAGAUAUGCUGCUUUACGUGAAAUAACAAUAAUAGAACCGCCGGACGAAUUCGAAUCAAUACCGCCAGAAGCGCCCAAGGAACGCAAGAAGUCGGACGAAAAAUCGGACGGUUUUGAUAAUUCCGAUUUUUUCGAUUGUAUCGAUAAUAGUUCCCUGUCUUUUAAUGUGGAGGAUGCAUUCAGAAAGAGCCCUGGAGUUAAAGAUAAGGAAGAGGAGAAGAAAGUUGAGGAAAAGAAAGAGACGCCGAUAGAAGUGAUGCCGCCGCCGCCGGUGAGAGAUCUGCAACCGCCGACGCGGCUCUCCGCUGGGUCCAUCAGUGAUGUGAAUAGCGGCUCUUCUCCAGAUACUAAAGAGCGAUGCCUUCCCCCUGUGAUGUCGGUGGGGGGCCUCACGCGCCUGGGCUGGGGAGAGGGUUGGUCCUCCGACUCGCGAGACUCGGAGCCGCGCACCCGACGACGUCGGACGCACAACAGGGGACUGUCUGUGCAAACGUCGUCGUCGUCGCGCGACGUGUCCCCGUGGGACGAGGAGCCGCCGCGCCGCGCCGCGCGCCGCGAGCGGGAGUCGCGGGAGUCGCGGGAGUCGCGGGAGUCGCGGGAGUCGCGGGAGUCGCGGGAGUCGCGAGAGUCGCGACACAAUUCAUCUGGUUCUAGAGAAUGUCUAGACUCUGGCAGUGGAAGAGAAAAGGAAAAGCCGAGAGAUAAGCGGGGCAGUAGAGAUAUCGAUUUGAAUAGAGACGGUAGAGAAUCCGCCAGGGAUAGGAGGGACUCCGGUAGCGGGAGAGACAGGCGUGACGUCAGCAAGGAGAGGGACCACAGGGACCACAGGGAGAGAGACAGGCGCGAUCGGAGAAGUAGAGAGAGAGAGAAGGAUACGUGGAGUAGAGAGAGGAAUUACAGUAGGGAGAGAGAUUACAGAGACUCGCGGAGCAGAGAGCGGUCGAAAGAUUAUAGAGACAUGGACCGGCAUCGGAAACCGAUACAUUCAUACGACGAGGAAGACUACAGCGAUGGCGGCUCUGGAAGGUCUUCUCCCCGGGAGCGGUGGCCCGACCAACGCUGGAGAAGGGAUGAGAGAAAUUACGGCUCCUUAGGAUGGCGGGAAACUCGACGAAGAAAUGAAUUAAGACAAAGUGAAGAUCCAAACGAAAGAAGAUAUGGAUCUACAUUAGGGUGGCCGGGUCGUCGCUCAACAACUAUUGCUUCUAGACGGGAAGUCGAGCGAGAAAUGCGGGACGCUAGGGAAUCCGCCCGGGACGCGCGUGACGCUCGAGAUUCCGGCCGCGACUCGGGAAGAGAUUCGAGAGAUCCUCGCGACUCGGGCAGAGACUCUCGAGACGCGCGGGAUUCCGGUAGAGACUCGGGAAGGGAUUCGCGCGAUCCGCGAGACUCGGGGCGCGAGUCGGGACGGGAUUCGAGAGACACGAGGGAGUCAGUCCGGGACGCCCGGGAUCCGAGGAGGCGGCGACGUGAGGAGCCUCGGACAAGACCGCGGGAUUAUCGCUUUUCGAACGAUUUUUCCCCGCGGGAGAGGGAGCAUACAUCGCCCUUCGACAACGAUUUCCAAGACACACCCACACCGACUACGAAGAAACGAGCACCUUACUCUUGCCUAGAGGGAACGAGAUUCGGCUUUGAAUUAGAAGACUCGACGGCAUCCCCCCUAUCGGGCAGCUCCGCCCGAGCGCGCGACGGGGACUCUCCGGCGACACGAUUCCGGUUCGACUCAGACUCGCUUUCGCCUCGCUCCAUGUUCGAAGAUGACUUCACGACUAUCUCCACCCCCAGAGGUCGGACCGCCUCCAUCGCCGAGGAGGACGAGGGGGACCUGCCCCCGCUGAGGGCGAAGCCUCAACAGCACAGGGACAUUAAAAAAUCGGAUUCCGUCAAUAUAUUCACGAGGGAGUCGGACCCGUUCGAGGGCGACGCGUUCUUCGCGUGCACGGGCUCCGACAGGGUGGCGCGCCGGGAGAACUGGCCGGGAGAAUUCCAGGGCUUCGACAACGCGUGAGACACACGCGUGCGCCCCGCCGUCACGGCUGUGACAUUGCAGGCAGAAAGCGUUCCGAAGGUCAGGUUCGCUUUUCUAAAGUCCAUUUGAUAAAAAUUUGAUCGUUGAAUAAUCGGAAAAGUGCCCUAAGCAAUGCUUGUUUGAUUAAAUAUAGCGAAUCGGUUUGGUUUUAUAUAUAAUUCAGUCAAAUUACUUAAGAAUUGAACACACUGUAUAUGCGCUAUGCUUGCCACAGUACGUUUACUGAAUAUGUCGGUAGGUAUAUAUUUUUUUCGUGAUCAACGAUUUGAACCACUUCAGCCAGAGAAAAAACGAAAACCUCUUAUCUUUUACAAUAUUUUCAAGUUAUUACCUUCGUUAUUCGCCACGAAACGGCGAUUGAACAAUGAAUCCUACGCUAAUCAAAUUAGAAUGUAAUAUUAAGGAUCUCAUAUUUAUUAAUACAUAAUAAAUUAUACAUUAAGCAACAAGUAAACUAUCAUCUCUCAUAUUUAAUUAGUAUAUAAACCCUAUUUAUUACUAAAUGUACAAUAAUAAGGUCAUAUAAAAACCUUAGUCUUACGUUUUUAUAAGGUAUGUAUAAAUUUGGACCCUUAUCAAGUUUGUAUAUGCCUUUAGACAACCUGUGAUAUGUAUAAGCAACGCCCAAGCUGAUUCUUUUCUCAACGCUUGUUAGUCAUUUGUCAUCGAGUCGGUCCAUAUAACAUAAGUAAAUUUAUUCAAAGCAUUAGACAACUGAUGUCAACAGUAUAUAUCAAAUAUUUAAUUAAAUACUAUUCUUUUAGUCAAAUAUAAAAGACAAAUCAAAACGCAGCUAGAUAUCGACAGUUACCAAUAGGUAUUAAUACAAUAUAAUACAAAGACAAAAUAAUACAGAAACAUUUUGUGUAUUAUUUUGUCCAAUAUCAAAAUUAUACCUUUAAUCGCGGUAAUGUAUUUAAAGCACUAUUAAAUAUCGUUCUGGGCACAAACAUUUUGAAUUUCGUUUAUUGGUAUUGUAAAUAUUUUGCUAUGAACUGAUAAUUUUGAAGCGCUUUGUAAAUAUUUUUUUUAUUAUUUACCGCGUUAGUGCAAUCACAAUCACUUAGUACAUAAUAUUGUAUUCGUAUUGUUAUGGCAUUUUAAUUCAGCAUUUAUUCAAUAAUUGCUUUCGAAACAAAAUAACAAAGAUAUUGCUAGAAAUUUAUUGCACCCAAUGUAAUGUAUCAAACAUUAUUUAUAUUAAUUGAAUUAAAAUUAUGCAAUCCAUAAUUGAAUCCAUUUGUUGAUAUCUUUAUACUGCAUAAAUUAUAUUUAUAAAUGUAUUUUUUGUACAUUAAUCAUUCUUUUCAACAAAUUUAAUACUCUUGUAUUUAUUUCUUUAUAAUUGGUGUGACUUCUACUGAAAUGGGUUUAUGUAUAUAUAUUUGAAAUAAUAUAAUUAUCAGUGGAGUAACACUUAUUUAAAAUAAAAUAAAUCAAUUUAUUAUUGACUGUAUUCCAUUUUUAAACACUGACUUAUUCUAAUACUUUUUUAUUUUAUGUAUAAUAUUAAUAUUGUGUUAGGAUAAAUACUCCGUAAUUUUUUUUUCUUUACUUCUGUGAUAAUGUAACCAUUAUUCUAUAUCAACUUAACAUUAUUUGUAAAUUUGAUAUUUAUGAAAGGCUUGAUAUUAUGUACAAUUAUGUCAUUUCCACAUUCUUAUACAUAAUAUAUAUUUAGAUGUUUUUUAAUAAUUAUUUAUUUUAAUCUAUGUAAUUUCUCAUACAUCCAACCUUUCAUAAAAUUAACAAAUUGAAAAAAAAGUUUGUCAAAUGUUUUGUAUUCAGGAAUUUUGUACAUAAUAUAGUUAGAAGUAAAUUAAUGAUGUGCAAUUAUUCACUCUAUUCAAAACACCGUACCGAAGUGAUUUUUGUUUGAUACCAGUUGUGUAAAAUACUUAAAGUUAAUAAAACUGUAACAAUG